CAUUCGUUCAUUUAAAUAUAACUGAUCAUUCUAAAAAAAUAUCAUUAUGAUUAAAGACAAUAUAUCGGAUGAAGAGUUGAGAACCAAGCUGAAAAGUUACGGAGCUACUUCAAUUGGCCCAAUCACGCAAUCUACAAGAAGUGUUUAUCUUAAAAAAUUGCAAAAACUUAUGAACGAAAAAAGUGAAAUAACUAUUAAUGAGAAAAAGUUAGAGGAUACACAAAAUAAAGUACCAAUAAUUAGAAAAACGCGAUAUAAUAUUUAUAAGGAAAAUAAUGAAAAUAUUAUUAACAUUCAAACAACUGUACCUGAUGCAACGUUCAUUAAAAGUUCCACUCCAAUCAUAAAUUCAUCAAUUAAAAAAAUUACAAAAACCUUUAAUGUAGAUGUAAAUAAAAAUGAAUUAAAAAUUUCACCCAAAUUAACUGUUAUUCCUUCAACACCAUCGCCUCCAUCAAACAAAUUUUCCCCUAUAAAAUCAAAUUACAAAGUCCAAAAUAUACCUCAAAUUGACUUAUCUUCUAUAUUUAGUUCUAAAAAUAAUUAUAAUAAGCCUAAACAACAAAGUUCAAAUAUUUUAUACCCUAAUUUAAAUUUUUCUAUCCUAAAAUCUAAUGAACUAGGUAAAAGGAAUGCAUUAUUUAAUCAAGGAGAUGAAAUAAUUAAUAAAGCUAUAAAUAGUCAAAGAAAUGAUGAAAUGUCACAAAAUAUAUCACAUUCUUCACCACUUCAAUUUAAAGAUGAAACCUCAAAUCCCUAUCCUAUAUUGAGAUCAAAGAAUUUGUUAAUGUCACAAAAUACACUCAGAAAUAGAUUUGAUCACGGUGAUACCUUGGAUGAUAAAUUUAGCUCAGAUCAUCAUAAUAAUAAAAGUUGGGAUAGAAAUAUAAUGGAAGUGGAUGACAAUCAAGAAAGAAAUUAUAUCAAUGAAAAUUUUGGAAAUAUAAAUAAAUCAGAUAAUUAUAUACCUGUUAGAAAUUACCUUGAUAUAAACCCAAAAUAUAGAUCUUCACAUAUAGAUGAUAAAAAUAUUUUGGAUUCAAGAUCAAACUAUAGCUCUAAUCCUAAUAAUUACCAGAAUAGAAUAAACACUAACCAAGAAGAUAAUAUUGAUGACCAAGAUAAUCAUUAUAUAUCUCGUUAUUUAAAUUUUUUCAAAUCUAAAAUUAUUCCAAACAAUUAUAACCAUGAUCAAAAUAGUAGGUGUAGCAGUUUACAAUAUGAAAAUCCAAUAAAAAUUUCUCCCACCAAUAGCAAAAGGAAUUUAAUGAUGCGCAAUCAACUUAAAAAUGAAAAAAAUCCUUAUUUAGAUUAUUAUAGCCAUUACUACAAUUGUGGAACAAAAUUUAAUUAUGCAUAUUACUUUAAUCAUAUCAAAUCAUUUUUGUCAAGAUCUUUCCAUUUCCUAAUAAAACCAUCCAAUUUGCAAAAUAUUUUAUCAGUUGCUUUAGUUUUAGGCCUUAUUCUCUUAUUAUCAUCUGCCUAUUAUAAUUUCAAAGAUUCUUUAACUAAUCAAAAUAUGAUACAAAUUAAAGGAGAGAAAAAAUUUGCUUGUAGUGGAAAUGAUCAAAAAUGUAUUAUGGAAAAUGAGCACAUUUUUGUAGUGAAACUUGUUAGGUUAAUAUAUGAUCUAUUAUCUAAGCGUGCUGGGCGAUAUCAGUGCAGUUUUAUCAACCUCGGACCUAAAAAUUAUUCCAUUGAUGAUAUUUUAUUGCAUCUCAAAGCCAAAUACCCAGGUAUCCCCAAAUUUCAAAUGAACGAAUACUUAGUGUCGGCUAUCAAGAUGAUGAUGGACAAUCCUCACUGGGGGAUCAACUUAGCGGAUAAAUCGGGCUAUAACAGCAAGAUCAAACUGCCAACCGCUUACGACGUAUAUUGGUUAGAAUCCGCGCGCCCCUACAUACCCCUCUGGUGCUCGGGUUUCAAGGGACUCGGAUAUUUGCUCUCCAAAAUCUUUUCCUAUUCAUUAAUCCUGAUCUUUUUGUCACUCUUGGGGUUCGUUUCAUUCAAAUUCAUCUGUUAUAAAAGGCGCCAAAACGAAAAGGUCUAUCAAAUGAUUCGCAAAGCUCUAGAUAUAGUCAUGAAAAACGAUGAAGCUUACAAAAAUUCUUCUGCGAAGGAUACCGAGAUUUUUCCUUACAUUGCGAUUUCACACGUCAGGGACAUGCUAAUUCCGCCCAACAAACGACAAGAAUUAAGAUCAACAUGGACUCAGGUGCUCUAUCACAUGAACAAUGAUGAUUCUAGGAUAAGGGUUGAGGCUCAGACCAUUCACGGAGAACCUUUCGAAGUGUGGAAAUGGAUUCCCCACUAUCACCAUAUCGAAGAGGAGAACGACAAUGGGAAAUUAUGGCAAGGUCCGGCUAACGAUGUUUCUAAUCAAUAUGGUUCCCAGGGAUUGACUCAAUGCCUCAAGAUAAGGAAUAUGUUCGACAAAAAUAUAGAAACCGGUUACGAAUGGCCAGAUAGAGUCAAAGACGCCAUCUUGGAAAAGUGUGGGCCUAACGCGAAUAUAGUUCACAUGGUCAUAGACCAAGAAUCCCCAGAAGGUUGUGUUUACGUGAAAUGCGGAACAAGUGACGCAGCUGGUGCCACUUUCACAGCUUUACAUGGAUGGUGGUACGGAGGAAAUCUUAUAGCCGUCAAAUACCUGAGACUGCAAAGGUAUAACGAACGAUUUCCUGAUUCAAUCAACGCAAACGCUCCCCUACGUCCUCAUUACAAAUAUUGAGAUUUCUUUUUGAUUUAUUGGAUUUUAUGUUGUUAUUAUUUUUAUAAAAUGAUGAAUUCUUCUGUUAAUUUUUUUUCGAUAAAUAAUAUUGCCAUUAUUCUAGUUUAUGUAAUAUAAUAUUGAGUUUUUUUUAAUUGGUCCGACUCAGAUAUCAGUUUUGCUCCCAGUCAUUAAAUACUAAAUUUUUUAUAUUAUAUUAACCUGGAGCUUUUUUAAUAUCUAACUAUUUUACUUCUUAUUAAUUAUGUGUUAUGUUAUAUAAUAUCAUGAAUUAUUACAUAAAUGUGUUAGUUACUUAUCCAUCAUAUU